AUGUUUCAUCUCUUAACGAUGCUAAUGUACAAUGUAAUUUUACAGGUUUUCACUCUGCUUACUAGUUUAUCACAAUGUUUUUCAUUUGGAUGCUCAAAUUUGAAGCUUUCCGACCGAGCCCGUAUGAUGUUCUACAAUGCUCACAAUGAUGCCAGACGUAGUUUGGCAAAAGGCCAGGAACCGCACAAAUGUGGAAAGCUGUCAUCGGGCAAGAAUAUUUAUCAAUUAAACUGGAGUUGCGAUAUGGAAUUAAAGGUUCAAAAAUGGGCCGAGAAUUGCCCAUCCACAAUGCAGACAAUUGAAAGUUCUUGGGGACACAUGUAUUCAAAAUGGAUAAGCUCUAAAAUGGAUCCUUUAGCUAAAUCAGCGGAAUUUGUAAAUGCGUGGUGGUCAGCAAUAAGGCAACAACCCCUCACAGAUCCUGACAACAAGUAUACAGGAGCACCUUUUGGAUUCGCUAACAUGGCGUACGGAAAAACAACAGAAUUUGCUUGUACCUAUAAUAUGUGUAAUACAACACUGGUAACGGCUUGCUUUUACAACAAAAUUGGGUAUAUUACGAAUCAGGUGAUUUAUGAGAAGGGUGAACCAUGUGUUGUUGAUUCCGACUGUACCACAUAUGCGGGUUCGACUUGUAACGAUGGUUUGUGUUACAUUCCCUUGAAAGAACCUGUUAUCGAGACGUACUCAAUGUGUCCUGGCGUUACUGAUAUGUCUGAUCAAUUACGAAUGUCAUUUUUGAACACACACAAUUAUUAUCGCUCACAGUUGGCACGUGGAUUAGCACCGGAUGGAAUUGCUUCCGGAGCAUUCGCAGCACCAGCCAAACACAUGCCGAAACUUAUGGUCUGGGAUCGUACAACUGAUAUUGGAUGUUUUGUUAUGCAUUGCCCAACAAGCACUUACUCAGUGUGUCAAUAUUAUAAAGCUGGCAAUUAUUAUGGUCAGCCAGUCUAUAAAUUCGGAGCGCCCUGCUCGCAAGACUCAGAUUGUCCUGAUACUCAAACGUGCAGUGUUUCUGAAGGACUUUGCAUUAUGAACGAUAACGUCCCAAUUGUUGCGACCACAGUUCCAAACCAAACACAAAAUCCGAUAACAAUGCAGCCCACUACCAAUAAUCCAGCUGCAGUAACUACACCACCAUCAGACAUUGAAACAUAUACAAUAUGUCCUGGUGUGACCGACAUUUCGGAUCAAGUGAGAAUGAUGUUUUUGAAUACUCACAAUUAUUAUCGUUCACAAUUAGCAAAGGGCUUAGCCCCAGAUGGAAUUGCACCAGGAGCAUUUGCUGCGCCAGCCAAACACAUGCCAAAACUUCGCUACAAUUGUGAUAUCGAAGCAUCGGCAAGAAAUUAUGGUCUUCAAUGUAUUAUUAAACAUUCUGAUCAAUCGAUGCGCCCUUUGUAUGGAGAAAAUCUUUAUUACACCACGAUGGAAAAUCACGACAAAAUUCAUUCUGCAAAAUUGGCCAGCGAUUGGUGGUGGUCUGAGCUUGGAGAUUACGGAUUUGGAAACGCGACGGAAUUUUCUAAAGAACUUUUGGACCGCGGAAUCGGGCAUUUUACUAACCUUGUAUGGGAUCGCACAACUGAUGUUGGAUGUUUUGUAAUGCACUGCCCAGGAAAAACGUAUGCUGUUUGCCAAUAUUACAAAGAAGGAAAUUAUUAUGGACAACCUGUUUAUGAAUUUGGUCCAGCUUGCACUAAUGAUGACGAUUGUCCAGGAACACAAACAUGUAGUGCCUCGGAAGGGCUUUGCGUAGUUCAUGACGAGAUAACGAAUCCAGCAUCUCCUGGAUCCAAGACAUAUACAAUGUGCCCAGGUGUUACGGAUAUGCCUGAUCAAGCUCGAAUGUCGUUCUUAAAUGCUCAUAAUAAAUAUCGUUCUCGUUUAGCGAAGGGAUUGGAGCAAGACGGAAUUGCUCCUGGGGCUUUUGCUUCACCAGCAAAACACAUGCCAAAGCUUCGUUACAAUUGUGAUGUAGAAGCAUCAGCAAGAGCUUUUGGCUUGCAAUGUCAAUUGUUACAUUCACCACAAUCAAUGCGCCCUGAAUAUGGAGAAAAUUUGUAUUACACGACUAGUGUAAACUACAGCAAAAUUUCAUCCGGAGAAUUGGCCUCGGACUGGUGGUGGGCCGAAUUAAAGCAAUAUGGACUUGGAUCUGACAAUGUGUUUUCAGAUCAGCGAUUUAAUAUUGCGCACUUUACAAAUAUGGCGUGGGAUAAAACAACAGAUCUCGGGUGUUUUGUUGCUCAUUGUCCAACUAUGACCUACUCAAUAUGCCAAUAUUAUAAAGGUGGUAAUACAUUUGGUCAAGUUAUAUACGAGUUUGGCUCCGCGUGCACUAAAGACGCCGACUGUCCCGGAACACAAACUUGCAAUGCAUCCGAAGGACUUUGCAUUGUCUAA